AAGAAAAUCAAAAUACAUUAAAGCCAAAAGAUUUUUUGAUGAGAUAGUACCUUACUAAAAAACAAAACUUUAUCAAAAAAUCAAAUAUAGAAAAAGUGUUACUGUAUUCUUUAUUAUUCUUUCUGGAUUUGCUUAGGCAGAAAAACAAAAAAAAACACAUCAAUCUACUCUUUCUGUUCUGCUCUUGUUUCUUUCACACAACAACACUGGUUGUUGCAGUGGGACACCCCAUUAUUAAAAAUCGAAAAUUUAUAGUUUUUUUUUCUCUUUGUUCUCAUUCUUCACAUCCUUGUCCAAUCUUUGCCGUCGUAAAAGUUGAAUUUUUCAAACAAACAGUGAGUGGUUGAUGAUGCCGGAGAAGGAGCAAGUGGUUGUUGAUUCAGAGAUGAAGAAGAGAUACAUGAAUGGUGAAACCUGGAAAUUUGAGGAUGACAUUGACAACAACAAUAAUAACAUGUCUGUUUCUGUCUCAGAUGGUGUUUUGUUGGGUAUAGAUGGUGGAACAACCUCAACUGUCUGCAUUUGUAUGCCUAUGAUUAUUCCUUUUUCUCAUUCUCAGCUUCAAUCUCUUCCUAUUCUUUCAAGGGCUGUUGCUGGUUGCUCUAAUCAUAAUAGUAUUGGAGAAAUUGCUGCAAAGGAAACAUUAGAGCAAGUUAUGGCAGACGCGCUUUCGAAAUGUGGUUCAAAAAGAUCUUCGGUCCGAGCUGUUUGUUUGGCUGUAUCUGGUGUUAACCAUCCAACAGAUCAACAAAGAAUUCUCAAUUGGCUUAGGGAUAUAUUUCCAAGUGAUGUGAGGUUAUAUGUUCAGAAUGAUGCUGUUGCUGCUCUUGCAAGUGGAACUAUCGGUAAACUUCAUGGAUGUGUAUUAAUUGCUGGCACGGGAAGCAUUGCAUAUGGAUUUACUGAAGAUGGAAAAGAAGCAAGGGCUGCAGGUGCAGGACCUGUCUUAGGUGACUGGGGCAGUGGAUAUGGAAUAUCUGCGCAGGCAUUAACUGCGGUAAUAAGAGCGCAUGAUGGUCGCGGUCCAAGUACAAUGCUGACAAGUAGUAUUUUGCAAGCACUAGGUCUUUCUUCUGCAGAAGAAUUGAUUGGGUGGACCUACGCAGAUCCAUCUUGGGCUCGCAUUGCAGCUCUCGUUCCAGUUGUAGUAUCCUGUGCAGAGGCCGCGGAUGAGGUUGCAAACAAGAUCUUGCUAGAAUCGGCGCAAGAACUGGCUUCAAGUGUUAAAGCUGUUGUAGGCAGACUUGGAUUGUGCGGUCAAGAUGGAAAGGGUGCUUUUCCGCUUGUCCUGGUUGGUGGUGUUCUUGAAGCAAAUACAAGGUGGGAUGUAGGGAAAGAAGUAAUAAAAUGCAUUUCCAAAUAUUUUCCUGGGGUGCUUCCUAUUAGACCUAAGGUAGAACCUGCUGUUGGGGCAGCAUGGUUAGCUUGGAAUUUUUUCAUGAAAGAAUAUAACAAGGAAUUAUGCAGCUGUUGACGAUUGAUGGAUUGGUGUAAAAGAGAACAAAAUUGAAAAAAAAGAAAGAAAAAGGAAGUGACAACUCAAAUUCUUGGCUGUAAAGUUAAAUUGAUAUGCCAUAUAGUUUUUAUGUACAUCCAAAAUUUUAUUUUUUAUUAGCAAAUGGCACAUUGGUAGGAUUUAUUUCCUCCCUGUCCUUGCUAAGUGAGGCACAGUUUCUCCAAUUAUCUUUUGAUCAUACCUAAAACCUUUGUGUAAAUUACUAUAGGUGUAAUCAUAAGAAAGAGUUGUCUUUAUAGGAAUUUAUAUUUACAUUUUA